CGUCUGCAAAGGAGAGGGGGCGGGGCAGCAGAGAGCCCAAAUCAGCGGUCUCGUAGGUAGCCUGGAGGGCAAGCUUGCUCUCCCUCUCUCUCUCUCUCUUUCUGUCUCACACAGACGCGCACACACGCACACACACACACGCACACACGCACACCCAGCAUGGCCCUGCCGAGGGUCCUCCUGGCCGGCUGUCUCCUCCUGUGCUGCCGGGCUGCGCUCGGGUACGAGGAGGACUACGCGGUGGCCUACGAUGACUCCUACUUCAACGAGAUCCCGGUGGACGGGGAACGGGAAGCGGGCCCCACGGACACCCCCUGGCAGGCCGAGGAGGCGUCCCGCUGGGACAAGCUCUUCAUCAUGAUGGAGGACUCCCAGAUGAGGCAGAACAUGCUGCUGCACUCCCUGGAUACGGUCGUCGGGGCGGAGCUGCGGGCCCUGGGGGCGGAGCUGCGGCGGCAGGUCGCCGGCGGCGACGGGGCGGCCUGCGCCGGGGCGGCGGCCGCGGUGGGCGAGCGGCUCAGCGGGACGGUGGAGCGGGCGGUGGAGCGGGUUCGGGACGCCGGGGCGGAGACGGCGGCCCGUCAGGACGCCGCUCUCCAGCGCCUCCUGGAGGCCGGGCGCGACCAGGCGGCCCGGCUCCACGAGGUGGAGGGCGCCUGUCUGAAGAGGGCGGGGCCGGGACAACAGGAAGUGACCUCAGGCGUCGGCGGCGCGGAGGUGGCGCGCCUGGAGAAGAUGGUGGCCGCCGUGGCGACGGACCUCCAGAGGGUCCGGGCCCAGCUGGAGGCCUCACAGCGAUUGGCCCAGCAGAACUUCCUGCCCUCCGGCUGUGACACGGCCCUGCUCUUCCCCAUGCGCUCGCGCUCCAUCCACGCCGUGGUCAGGCCCGAGGACGAUGGCCUGCCGGCGCGGUCCCUCACGGUCUGCCUGUGGGCCAAGCCGACGCAGGCGCUCAACAGGACCGUGCUCUUCUCCUACGGGACCCGCCGGAACCCGCAGGGGGCGCAGCUCCUGCUGAGUGGCGGGACGGCUCGGUUCGCCGUGGGCGGGGGGGCGGAGGGGGCGGAGGGGGCGGUGGCGGAGGCGCAGGGGGCGGCGGAGGACGGGCGCUGGGGCCACUACUGCGGGACCUGGAGCCCCGAGCAGGGCCGCGCCUCCCUGUGGGCCGACGGGCGGCUGGUCGCCACGGCGACCGGGGCGGCGGCGGCGGAGGGGGGCCACGCCCUGCCGGAGGGCGGAGUCAUGCUCCUGGGCCAGGAGUGGAACCACAUGCUCGCCCUCGACCCCAGGCCGGCCUUCGCCGGCAAGCUGACGGGCUUCAACGUGUGGGACCGCGUGCUGACGGCGGAGGAGAUCUCCCAGCAUGCACGGCUGGACGGGUCCUGCGGCGCCGGGGGCAACGUGGUGGGCUGGGGCGUUUCCAGCAUCCUGCCGCGCGGGGGCGCCAAGUACGUGAACUAGCUCUGGCGCUCCGGCCGCCGCGCCACGCCCAAGAACUCCGCCUUGCAGGCCCACCCCCCCCCCCUCCGAAUCGAGCGACGUCAUUGGCCGAGAAAAUGGGUGCUUUGUGAAUGAGGAUGCUUCUGCUUUUUUUCACCAACUCUAUUAUUUAUGAAUCGUAAGUGACACAGGGAACAGAGUGUUAAACCUAAGGAGCCAGUCCGCAGACUUCCCAGGAGGGUCUUACGACCAUGCUAUGUUCAUUUUCAUGUUAUUUUAUUUGAUAUGAAGUAAAUAUUCAACGUUUAAAUUUUUUUUUUUUUUUAAUUAAGUCCUGCGGCAUAUCUCCCACUUAUUUCCACUACGCCCUUCCCUAUCAGCAAUGCUGCAUUAUAUCCAUUCACAUUUUUUGUUUUUGUUGUGCUAUUUGAAUGGAUUUGUUAUUCAUAAAGCCCUAAGAGAUGUCUCCCUUACAUGUACACUGAGAGGAGACCUGAGGUCCAUUGCCAAACAUGUACUAUAGUGUAAAUUAUGUUUCUUUUGGAAAUGAAAACGAAUACAUUUUUUGUACAUAAAUAUAUUUUUGUGUACUGAAUAAAGGUCUGAUAAGUC